AUGACCCCGGAAAGCCACCGGAGUCUCCCCUUUUUGAAGCGAAACUUCGCCCGCGCACUGCACAGCCUAACCAGCACGUUUGGGAGCCCUCAGGACAAUGGGAGCGCAAGGGAUAUUCAUGAUGGUGAAUCUCCGCGUAAGCGCCGGCGGCUGUCCUCGCCCAGCCUUGCCACCAUUGAUCAUCUCCUCGCUGACCCCCGGGAUUCCGAGCACGUGCCAGACCUUCGCAUCGAGGUCCUCAAGUGCUGCCAUGUCAGUUCGAAAACGGACAAAUCCGGCUUCGCCUCUGUGGUCUCCUCCAGCAUGAACACCAAGGCCAUCUGCAGAAUAACCAUAUCUGACGUCUCCUACGGCCGCGCCAGGGUUCUUCAUGCUGAAGGCCAGCCAUGCGAGGUCGUGACGUUCCAGAAUUCGACAAGUCAUCACCAAGUUCUGCGCAUUCAUCUCCCCCGUCCCUUCUAUGUGUCGCGGAACAGUCUGCUCGUGCACAAUGAUUCUGCCCUUGGCUUGUCCGAUGCGUACAGGAUCUCUGUUGAGCUAGAGGCUGCAGAUGCCACAACCUGGCCACCACUCGAAGGGCAGGAUCUCGGCAUCCCCGCCCACCUACUCGGCUCCUCCAUGCCCGGCCAAUGGGUAUUUAACAGUCAAUUUGACCAGCUUUUCGGCCGCCUCAAGUCGCGCGUCGAUCUUCAGGCAGGCUUUGCUGUAGAUGCACCGGCUCAUGAAACCGAGUAUCAAAUGGACAUUGAUCUUCGCUGGACUACAGGCUUGAAAUCAACAAAGGGGCUGAACAGUGACCCAAAGUGUCUAAUUACCAACUCAUUCGACCCUGAGAUCCAACCUUUACUCAACGGCCAACUGAAUCACUCGUCGCCAGAGUCAACCAUCCACCUCCGGGACUCACUUUUAUUCGAGCAUGAAGAUUAUGACAAUGAAGGAACAGGGCCCUCCCGCACAUUGAGACAUCGCGGGCCGGAUAAAAAUUAUAACUUAAAGGCACUUAGCGACAAAGCCCAUGGCACUCUAAGAAAGAGACGUAUGAAAGAGGCAUCCAAGUCCUGGGGUCUCAGCCAGAUUCGCUAUCUCUUACCCCCGGACCAACCUCUAUGCCUUGAUGGCUUCCGAUGUAUUUCAUGCGGCAUGCUUCAUCGGUCUCUCAAUCUACUGCAUAUCCAUCUUCAAUCUCACCACCCAGAUCACGAAUACAAACUAGAAACAACGAGUCAAGGGCCGCAGUUUCUUGUUUCAUUCCGCACCACUCCAGCUCCCGUGGCUUCUAAAGACAUGCAGAUGGGCCCUGCGAUCAAACCGUUCCAUCUUGAAACGUUUGUCCGCAAUGACCACUCUUGGCUCACCUCCCGCCUGGGGUCAGAGAGCAAGGAUGACUUUUUCGCGUCAACAGACAGUACUCUUGUUCCUGACUCGUCCGAUGUGCCGAUUACUAAACCUAGAACCCGUACCAAGACGUUGCCCAUCGUCGCUGCUGCUAUCGAGCCGACUCCCAGAAGGAAGGUCGUGAUACCAAAUAUAGGGCAGGAGUUCUAUCACCCUGUGAGUAAACAGGUCUUGAAGCCUGGUGACGAAGUACUUCCUCCUCAAGCUGAAGAGAGAUGGUUUCAUCAUAAGCACCGGGAAGGACUCAAUGAGAAUCAAGGUCUCGCUUCCACCCAGUUGGAGUAUAUCAAGGAAUUUGACAGUGUGAUGCGAGAAUAUCCGAUUGGCGCAAAGGCAUAUUUCCCUCGAGCAUGGCUCGAUUUUGUGCAAAGAAAGGUCGGCUGGCUGCUGGAUGCAAAACACCGAAUGCUGGAGUUUUCGAUGCAUUGGAGUUACCUUCUCGCAACUGAUCUGGUCACGGAUUGCCAUAUAAAGGAGGCCAUGGAAUUUAUUAAGGCUGAGAGAGAAAAGAGGCGCCGCUCAUUAUCGGCAGACACUCAGGAAGCAGGGGAUCAAAUUCGCGUCGCUCCGGCUGCUUCUACACCACCCCAAAAUCUGAUCUCGACCCGGAAAAGCGCAAGAGGCUGCGGUUCCUGUGAGCUACCAGUGUUGGGAAAGCUCGUAGUAUGCUCCAACAAGGCAUGUAUUACCCUGCUAGAAGUAGCACUUAAUGCCCCCGUUUCCCCGUUUCUUGUCUAA